AUGCCUCGCAAACGCAAAGGCGCCCGUGGCUCCAAACACUCCGCAAACAAGCUCCCUCCUGCAACCAAGAAUGACAACAACAGUGCCAAUAACACCAGACGCGAUCCUCUACGUUACCUUCCCUCCGACUGUCUCGGUAUGAUCCUGGGACUCCUCGACAUUUCGGACCUUGCUCGCUGCGACCAGGUCAACACCCACUGGGGGAAGUUCGUCCACGAAUGGAUAACACUGGACGGGAUUCGUCUUCACGACCCCCAGUUCUGGGCCCUUGAAGGACUUGCAGAACCCAGCGAUCACACAAAAAUAGCGCAGGUAUUCAAGGAGCGUGCUGCUCUAACUUCCGGACGCCCGAAGCACUGCUACAACUUCCGCACCGAUUCUCGGUGCUUCGCCGUGGCAGGGAAUUUGAAAACAAAGGGCGACCCAGAAGAUUAUGGUAUCAAGCUGAAGCCCCUUCGGCACCCGACCUCCCUCAAGAGAAGACCACUCAUCAGCAUGCAUUUAAGCCCGAACGGUUAUAUUCUGCUUCGAACCCGUGACCACCCGCGACUCUCCACUCUCACCAUCAGAGAUCAUCUAUUCGUUUUGGAGACAGGAGAAGAGAAAUGGGGGCGCCAAUACAGGCGUGAUUCUGACUACAUCCCAACAGAACGUCCGCUGCUGUUCGACUCGACCAAGCUGUACUACCAUGUCACUGAGCAUCGCGGAAACGCAGACUACUUGAUGGCCAUUGAUAUCGACUCUGGUCACUGUCUCUACAAGACUAGACUGGAUGAUCGCGGAUUGAAGAUUCCAGUCCCUCUGGAUGACUAUUAUGUCCCCCACCAGUGGCUACUUUCCAGAGACUAUACAGCCCUGACCAAGCUUGGUGAACGCCAAGUGAUAGUCGCGAUUACCUUUGACCAGAAAAGAGAUUUUACCAGGAGGUACCCGGUCACCAGUGGCCGUGUUACUGUUUUCGACGCUAAGAAUGGGCGUGCAAUUCAACAUCUUCAAAUUGGGGUGGGAACUUUUGAUCACGCAUCCAUCGUGGCAUCGUCGGACGAAGAAGGGUUUGUCAUAAUCAGCCAAGAUCUUUCCCUGAAGCGGCGGUCUUUCGACGGAAAGGAGACACCGAUCAAGCUCGACAGGUUUGUGGCAGGUGCCGACGGCAAAUUCCACCACCAAGGCGAGGAGACGGUUUAUUGGCCGGUGGAAGACUUCAGACUCGGGGCUAUCGCCAUUGACCCGUUCCGCCACCUUUAUGCAUCCUGUACGAGGGGCCCAGCGCUCUACCCGCUCAAUGUGGGAUCCCUGGCACUACCUGCCUCAAAAUACAAAGACAUCGAUGCCCUAGACAAAUCUGCACAGCCCCAGCACCGCAGUCUGGUCCGUGGCCAACCCAGGCAGGUUUCGUAUCCUUCGCCGCGCGAAGAACUCUUUUUUGCGGAUGUGAACGAAUAUGUGAACGGCAACUUCAGCUUUCUUGGCGAGCUUACAGUUCACUUUAUCGCUCGAGAUAAGCUGGUCGUUGAAUCGCGGGAACGAGACGGGUCCACCUACUUCUACAAAUACGCACUAUUUGAUUUCGGAUGCCGCCCUUCCGAUCUGGGGAAUCGGCAGCGACUUAAGAACAACAAGGAUGUUUAG